UCCAAUUAGCCGCAAAAUCGCAAAAACCCUAAAAACAUUACCCACACUACUCCUCACAACUGUUGCAGAACAGAUAGAUAUGCUCAGCUCCGCCGCCACCGCUACCGCUACCGCCACCUCCGUGAGUGCUCGCUCUGGCGAUAUCCUCUGCGGCUAUUUGCGUAGGAAAACCGUCGCGCCUUUUCGCUUUGCUCAGACUAAGCAGCAGGUAUACUGUAAGUCUCUGCGUCCGAGUUUCGUUGCGGUCCGAGCCAUGUCAGAGUCUCAGACAGCUCUAAAGAAUAAGCCACAGUCCUCGACCUCCUCUGGAAAGAAGCAAGCUUUGAUAUCUUUAUCUGACAAGAAGGAUUUAGCUACUCUUGGCAACGGUCUUCAAGAGUUGGGAUACACUAUUGUUUCUACUGGAGGAACUGCAUCUACCUUGGAGAAUGCUGGAGUCUCUGUCACCAAAGUUGAGACGCUUACUCAUUUCCCUGAAAUGCUUGAUGGCCGUGUGAAGACUUUGCACCCAAACAUUCACGGUGGUAUCCUCGCUAGAAGAGAUGUGGAGCAUCACAUGGAAGCUCUUAACGAGCAUGGCAUUGGUACAUUUGAUGUGGUGGUUGUCAAUUUGUAUCCGUUCUACAACAAAGUUACUGCUCCAGGUGGGAUCAGUUUUGAGGAUGGGAUUGAGAACAUCGACAUUGGUGGUCCUGCUAUGAUUAGAGCUGCUGCUAAGAACCACAAGGAUGUCCUCAUUGUUGUCGAUUCAGAGGAUUAUCCAUCCGUUUUGGAGUAUCUCAAAGGAGGGCAGAGCGACCAACAAUUCCGCAGGAAACUUGCGUGGAAGGCCUUUCAGCAUGUUGCUGCUUAUGAUUCCGCCGUCUCAGAAUGGCUAUGGAAGCAGACCGAAGGACAAGAGAAGUUCCCUCCCAGCUUUACAGUUCCGCUUUCACUUAAAAGCUCCCUCCGUUACGGUGAAAAUCCUCAUCAAAAGGCUGCGUUUUAUGUUGAUAAGAGCCUUGCUGAAGUCAACGCUGGUGGUAUUGCCACAGCCAUUCAGCACCAUGGCAAGGAAAUGUCAUACAACAACUACCUUGAUGCUGACGCUGCGUGGAACUGUGUGUCAGAAUUCGAAAACCCGACAUGUGUGGUCGUGAAGCACACAAAUCCUUGUGGUGUGGCCUCUCGCGAUGAUAUUCUCGAGGCUUACCGUCUAGCUGUUAAAGCUGACCCAGUUAGCGCCUUUGGUGGUAUUGUAGCCUUCAAUGUCGAAGUGGACGAGGUUCUUGCUAGAGAGCUCCGAGAGUUCAGGAGCCCAACGGAUGGAGAAACUAGAAUGUUCUAUGAAAUCGUGGUUGCUCCAAAGUACACUGCUAAAGGUCUUGAAGUACUCAAAGGGAAAUCGAAAACUCUGAGGAUCCUCGAGGCUAAAAAGAAUGACCAAGGGAAGCUGUCUCUUAGACAAGUUGGUGGAGGAUGGUUAGCUCAAGACUCGGACGACAUAACUCCAGAAGACAUCAGUUUUAAAGCCGUCUCGGAUAAGACUCCCACUGAAAGCGAGCUUGCGGAUGCCAAAUUUGCUUGGCUUUGCGUUAAGCAUGUCAAGAGCAACGCCAUUGUGAUAGCAAAGAACAACUGUAUGCUGGGGAUGGGAAGCGGACAGCCAAACCGAGUAGAGAGUUUGAGAUUAGCUUUUAAGAAAGCUGGUGAGGAAGCCAAAGGAGCUGCCUUGGCCAGUGACGCCUUCUUCCCAUUCGCUUGGAAAGAUGCGGUAGAAGAGGCGUGCGAGAAAGGAAUAGGAGCGAUAGCAGAGCCUGGAGGUAGUAUUAGAGACCAAGACGCCAUUGAUUGCUGCAACAAGUAUGGUGUCUCUCUUCUCUUCACCAACGUUAGACAUUUCCGCCAUUGAUGAUGAAUCCCAAGAGAUUUUGAAAGACAUGCUUGUUCCAAAGAAGUUUGUUUCUGGCUCUAGGCAAGAACACCCCACCAAACAAAAGCAAGAGUUGAGAAAUGUUGUAACUUUGAUAUGAAAGCGUUUGACUUUAUGUGUGAUUAGCACCUGAGAGUUGUUUCUUCGAAUAAAGUUGACAUUUUUAAUAAAAGAUCAUAUUUUUCUCAA